AUGGAGGCGAGCCUCCUGGUCUCCAGGCAAACCCGCAGCGUCUCCCUCUUCUACGAGGACCGUCUCUAUCGCGGCAACCAGCAAGCUCUCGACCGUAAACACUACAAGCAGCUCGACAUGACGACGUGGAAGGACUUCCUCACGGUCGGCACCGAGUCGCCCGCCAAGGUGUACACCCGGUUCAGGGCGCUGGCCGUCUUCUUCGCUGGCGCUCCCCGCUCCUUUUUCCCCAAGCGGGCCGACGUCCCGAACGGCCCCAAAGACAUGACGCGCCCGGACAUUUAG